CCUGGGGAAUUGUCAAACAUGGCUUUAGGUUUGACAGUCCUCUUGGUCUUCGCUGCCCUGACUGAAGGCAAAGCGUGCGUUUGUAAAAUGGGAAGUCACCCACAGGACAAGUUCUGCCAAGCAGACUUUGUUGUGCGCGGUCGCGUGGAGUCUGGCCCAGUGGAAGGUUACAUCACAUACCCCCCGCAAAGCCGAGGAUUCCGUCAUUGGCCCAAGCAGCGGGACGUUCUGGUGCACGUUGUCAUGGUUACGCAGAUUUUUAAGGGUGCAGGGCUUGUGAGCAAGGCAGGGAAACCGGUCGCUAAGCAACCGGAGGAGGGCAACCCAUUGGUUCAUAAUGUCAAAAUCUACGCGGAUAGAUCGCCGUGCCCAGGGUGGCUACGCGCUGGUACGGACUACCUGUUGGCUGGCCUGGUGGAUGAUGGGAAACUUUUUAUCUCGUCCUGUCAUUGGACUUCACCAUGGCAACAGGUGACGCAGGCGCAGAGGCUCGGCGUGCAAAGCGUCUAUGGGGAGAGUUGUCGAUGUCGAGUUACUUCUUGCAGCUUUCUCGGGCCAGGCGGCCUUAUACUGGAUUCGCACUGUAGCGAAGGCUAUCUGUAUUGCGGUGAGCAUGGACUUAGCUGUGCGUGGAAACCCGUCAUAACUGGCAGCGAGAGCAAUGAAUACAAGAAAUGCAAAGCGUCUAUUAUACCGGCACUACACCAAAUCGAACGAAGGCAUAGGGUCGUUAGAAAACAUUGAGAUAUGGAUAAUGCUAAUUGAUGUGAUUACAGAAAAAAUCCAAACAUCUUUCAUCCGCCGAAAUCUCCCAUUCCCUCCCUGGUGGUUAAGGGUAGUUUUCGGAAUCACACAAUAUUGUUGUGUACUAGAAACUAAAAUGUUACAGAAAUAGUAUGCAUUUUGGGGCAAAAAGCUGAGUGUCUAACAAAAGCCCGACAACAUUUUCUCACAUUAUUAAGGUGUAAACAACGUUUUCAACCUGUUUAAACCCUUUUAGCGAGAUAAUUUUACACUUUUUACACCAGGUUUCGUCUUGGUUUGCGUAGUGAAACUUUUUGCGAAUAUCUGUAUCAUAACUCCCAAAAAGGAAAAUAGAAUCUUAUAACUUAUAGGGAUAUAUACCAGCAUCUGUAUUUUUCGUUAUAUAUUAAUUAAAGUAAUUAAAUUUAAUUGAAUUAUUGGA